CCCGAGUUUACAUUUGAAUUUUCGUUCUUUUCCCUCCUCCAACUGGAAUUUUCCUUUCAAUAUUUCACCGACACUCGUUCAGGUGAUUUCCGCAUGAGAGAGUCUGGGAGGAGAGUGGUCAAAGUUCUGCGUUCAAAGUCAACAAACAGCCACAGUCUGAAGAUGAAGGACCCUAUCAGCACCUGCUCUGUGAGUAUUUCCUUUACAAGAGACGCUUCAGUCUUUCCUUUGUAGGAGCAUGUGGGGUAAAAAUAAGAAUAAAAUGUAUUUUAUUCUUGUACCUCUUUUGUGUUUGUUCAAACUGCUCUUAAAAUCAGGGAACAAAUGAAGCCUUAUUAUAUGUCUUUCAGUACAACGAGCUGUAUCAAAAUGUAAAACGGUUCUCAAAAACUGGGGAGUACUUCUGCAAAGAACUGAUGAUGGUGUUUCAGCAAAGGUAGGCUCCCUCACGCUCUGGGCUUUAGGCUUCAGUUUUAAUGGAGAAAGCAGUUACUGUUUGACUCAGUUACUGUCUCCUUUCCUGUUUUAGGGCUGAGCUUGAACUGACGUACUCUAAAGGACUUCGAAAGCUUGCAGGCAAACUCAUCAGGGCCUCUAAAGAAAUGUCAAAAAAGUAAGGCACACAGUGUCAGGUAUUUAUGAUUUUUUUAUAUGUGUUUUGGGUUAAACAUGAUCUCUUACUACGGACUAACUGCCAGAGUAUAAAAAUACUGGUGUGAUGGGAAACAAGCUCCCGGCAAGUUCGACAUGAUCUAAACAUUGGCAGGUGUUUGGCUAGAAAGCCUACAGCUCUAACCUUUUCAUGCCGGCUCCCCCACUCAGUUCCACCUACAGCGCCUGGUGUCAUGUGUCAGAUGAGAUGUACUCCAGAGCAGACGCCCACAGGUAGUUUUCAACCUGAGUUCAACUCUCCUGCCUGAUCAAACAUUAAACAUGUUUGGAUUUACAGUUCAAUGUGGUUUGCUUGUUCUCGCUGUAGAUCUUUGGGAAAUGCAUUUCAGCAGGAGGCCAUUCUGGAAAUCCGACAAGUCUUAGAUGAGCACACAAAGAGGAAGAGGCCUGUAUGAAAUUAAUUCUUGAUCUUGUAUCAUAAACAAUAUCAGUGUGGUGUGUUUCAUAGCUGUAAGGUGUAUCUCACCUUGUUAUGCUCUGAUAGCUUGACAACGCCAUUGAUAGAAAUGGAAAACUUCUUGGGGUCAACUGGAGUGAGCAACUUAAGGUAAGACAGCUCUUACUACCAGCUAAAGCAUCAAUCUCUUUAUUUUAAAGCCUUUACAGUGUGUUCAAUGCAUUACAAACACCUGCAGAAAACAUCACAGUGAGUCGUCUCUGUAUAACUGUUAACAAAGGCUUUGUCUGCAUGCAUGCUGUGACUCACUGUCUGACACCUACCCCCUCCAGUUUCAAGUAUCAGAAAUAGCUCAACACAAACCAUCAUUUUAUCUCUGAUGGUCUGGUUUGUUUUUCUGUGUCAAAUGGGGUCAUCAGUAUUACUUUUAAACUGUUUGAUAACCUGCUAAAAUCCCCUCACAAGAGCUUUAAAAUGGACUAAUUUUUAGUGUCUGAAAUAUGGGAUGUUUCAACGCGACUCAUCUUUAGGAAGUUCAAAUUUCCAUUCAAAUUUUCAAAAACUGAGUAUUUUAUGCAGCUGUACAUGGAAACUCAGAGUGAACACACGCAGGUGAAAAAUGUCAAAUUGAUUUGCUAAGUGAUAGCAGAGCUAGCACCACCAGCCUUUGCUAUAACUACUAUUUCAUCACAAACUGAAAGUAAAGAUCAUUUAUAUUUAUUUACUGUCCCUAAACUGUGAAUUCAAUCCAGAAACAUUGUCAUCAAUUGUUUCAGUAGGUACUGUGCAUCUAAUGAACUACAAGACCAACCAUUACCACAGAGUCUGUAUAACUCUCGUUCAUGAGAGAAAACAAAGCCAAGUGGAGUGCUAAUCCUUCAGUCUACCUGUGUGUUUGUUCAACAAAAAAUACAUUAAUAUAGAUUCUUGUAUUUCCUUUUCUAAACAGAUAAAGAAGAAACUAGUGGGACUAACGAGAGAGCACGAGGCUCUGUUCAACUUUGUUGAGAACAACAAACACAUUUGCACUGAAAAAGAAAAACAAAAGGUAAAAAGGAGAAGACUAAAGCAGCUUUUUCACCACUAAAUACAGGUUGUUUUUAAUCAUCUUGGACUUAAUUCCUGUUGGAAGAGCUGCUAUCACAUUAAUUAGAGAAAUGUUCCUCUUGUACUUCACUUACAGAUGCUGAACAGGCUGACUAAGUCAGCAGAGAUGCAGGCGCGGGUGGAUGAGGAGUACUUCAGUAUCAACAUGGAGGGUCAUCAAAUGAGACUCAAGUGGGAAAACACUCUGAAAAACUGCUACCAGGUGUGGAAAAAAGGAAUCCCUAAUUUUCAUAGCUGGGUCUCUUAUGCAGAGGGGCUUUUUUGGGUGAACGGGUGGGUGCAGUGUCUUUACUCAAGGACCCCUCAUUUGUGAUAAGAGUCGAACCAGUGGGCUUGUGGUUGCCAAAAAUGCUCAACGAGUACAGGGUCAGUCUGACACCAAAGAUGAGUGCUGUAAUUUUGAGUAGCAAAUUACCACUGUCCACCCAGGGUCCUUCUCUGACAUGAGGUGUUUCAUGCUGUAUUUUCUGUUAACAGUGUGCACAAAUAAGAACAAAAUUGGUGACUUGGUCAAACCCUACAUCUUUUGCCACUGUGUAACCUUUACUUUUUUUUAAUGUCUGUAUUUUCAAUGUAGGACACCACAGAUUAAAAAAAAAAAAACAGUGCAACUCUCCACCAUUUCUUUUUUCCAGAUCAUACAGGAGAUGGAAAAACAACGCAUUGAGGUCCUCUGCAACAUUUUGAGCAGAUACAAUCUCUAUAUGUCCAGCUUUGGGCAGACUCUCAAACAUGUAAGACAUUCUGACCUUCUUUACUCUGCAUGGAUGUCCUAAAACUCCCUGAUGACUCAAAUAGAUAUACUUGUAUCCGUUUCAGGGACAGCGACAGAUCGAGCAGGCGGCCCAAAGGGUGGACAUGGAUGGAGACAUUCAAACCCUGAUGGAUGAAAACAACAUCAAAGAUGUGGACAGCAAAGCAGAGUUUUUGAUGGCUGAUUAUUUUGUAAGUCUGCUCAGUCUGUUGAAUUUUAAUGAGAAGUCUGUCUGAGGGCCACGGACCCACUCAGUGAGUCACCCAUUCAAAGGCAAACUCAGUCAUCACUGCAUGGGGGCUCUGUUGGAUUGGAGAGUCCAGGUCACAGAAGUGACAUUUUGAAGCAGGAUGUAAAAUCAAGGCUGGGUGUGCUUUAAUGUGUAAUUGUUGUGCUACAAGUAGUUUUGAACUGAUUACUGGUGAUACUUGGGUCUCCUUUAAAACGGGGGGGGGUGUUUACAUGAGUCAAUCAUAACUUGCUGUAUGUUAAGCUAUUUUGACAUUUAAGCUAAACACACUCCCCGCCACAUAUUCUAUCUAAACUGGCAUGUCUCUGAGUCAAAACUUUGUUUUUCGCUGGAAAGAAUUGUAGUUCAGUCAGUUUACAAUUUCAUAGUGAUAAAGUUGUAGUGGCAUGAGUGGAUGAGUGUCACAUUUAGUGUGAAAUUGUUCCAGUGGUUUGCCUGAGGACUUGAGGAGCUACAGCCAUUUAUUUUGUAAUUCUUAGUAAUAACUGAGAUUUAAUUUCAGACGGAAAAAAUGAAAUCAUUUCAACAGAAAUCUUCAGUUUUAAUGUUUAUUUUGACCUAAACUAAUAGAAUUACUGUGUAUCUGCAGUGUUGAACAGCUAGUCAAAGGCUAUCGAUACAUACAUGCACUGUAUGUGUAUGUAUUGGAGACUAUCAAAGUGACUUAUGUCUGUUGUUGCUUCUUGAACCAGGAGGAGGACAGCAAAUCCUUCAUGAGCAGAGAAAGAAGAAAAGAGGCCAUCAAACAGAAACUCCAGCGUCUGGAGGACAGUAUUGCAAAAACACAGAGAGACCGUGAAGGUGGGUUCUGAGCAUCUUUUCCCUGAAAAUAACGCAUCAGCAUAACAAAGGAUAAUCUGAAUGGGGCAGAAGUAAAAUGUCUAUUGGUAUAACUGUGUUUGAUAAUGGAUUUAAAGGUAUUUGCUUUGUUAGUUUUGGUGUCACCUUGGACAUUUUUUUUGCAGGAAUUGAAAAACUGAUGAAAACAUACUCAGAGAAUCCGUCUUUUUCAAACCAGAAGAACCUUGAGGAAACAGAGCAGCAGCUGGAUGAGGUAAAUAGAGAGUGCAGUGUGUAUAGAGCGGAUGGGUAGAUAGUGGUUUGUACAAAUGAAUAUUUACUUGGAACAGAUUGUAGAUUAGAUUAUCUCAAGUGUUUACUAAUGUCAACUUAUUUCCCGAAGAGUACUCUUAAAAUGGAUCUCCUGGAGGCCACCCACUACAAACUCUCUUUGUCUCUGUGUGAGUUGGAGGGAAAACCCAAGUCCCUUCACCGGUUUAAAGACAGCAUUGUGAAAUGGAAAGAUAAGGUAAGACUAUUACUGUCAGCUUCUAUGUCAUUUUGAGGAUAAUGGGUAUUUUGUGGAGGAUUAGUCACCUGUAGGUUGUUACACUGAGGGUUUGAGUGCCAAACAAAUACCAGGAAAGGGGAAAAGGAAAGGUUGACCUCAACAUUAUUGUAUUUCAGCCAAGUACUGAGAGCCCAGUAACUGGAGCCAAAGGGGAAAACUAAAAGGUUAAAGCAGUGCCUAUGUUGGACUUUCCCUUAGAUUAAAAUGUGUGUGUAUAUGUCUCUCUUUAAAACUUUUGGUGUACAUAUGUAAAACUGUAGAGUGUCUCAGUGUUUACCAGCAUGAACAUCUUUCAUCAUUAAAAAUGUGGUCCCCAGUAGGUUUCAAAGCUGGAUGUUGUGUUAAUUACGCUAAAGUGACUGUUCACACUAAAUCAGUGAAUCCGUAGGAUAUAUUAGGACUCUUAAUUUUCUGCAUUUUGUUUGCAGUCACUUAGGAGUGACUAUAAAUUGUGAUUCGUUUAAUAAAACAGUAAAUAUCAUCACUAAUUUCAAAGUUAAAAGUUAAAUAUCUCCUUGACUUUAAAAAUUAUAUUGGCCUAUAUUUCAACUUGACAUCAACUCCCUUAAGUGCUAAUUUUGACUUUAUAAAAACAUGAACCCAAUCUCAGUUGCAUCAUCCAUUGGUUUCUGAAAAAAAAAAAAAAAAAAACAACUGCUGACAUAUUGGAGACAGUGACUCCAACUCUGCUGAUGUAGUUACUUAGAUAGGUUGAACUCAAAUUACCCAGCUGCCUGGCAAACAGCUACAACACACCCACCUGUCAGUAGGAUCAGCCACACCCCUGAUUACACAGAACUCUUUUAUAGAAAAAAUAUACACCCCCUGUAAAGCUGUAAUUAAGGAAAUGAAGCAUGUAGACCAGGCUGCCAUCAUGUUUAAUUAUGCUCAUAUCAGCCUUGAUCAGGCGUCAUUGGCUUUUGGAGCAAGAAACAGAUGAACACACUGUGGGUGUUGGCUUCAUUUUUCAACACUAGAUGUUUCCAUUUGGUUUUGGCUGAUUUGUUAUUGUGAUCCCGAUAAAAAAGUGAGGUGUUGAGAUUAAACCGGUGCCUUGGCAUCUUUACAAAGUGUGAAUGAUGAAAUUUAGACAUGAAUGGUUGUUACCAAGCCAUCAAAUCUUCAUCCGUGCACCCCUUCAAAAUUUCAGUUUGAGAGACUGAUUUCUAAUAAAACGUGGAUUAACAUGACACAAACCUCUGUUCUAUCUAAGGACUGUGAGCACAGUGUGGUCCAGCUGACUCGUCCAGUCAAACUGAGGAGAACCCCGUUCAGAUCCCGUCAGUCACUGAGAGCUUCCAUCAUUUACAAAGGACCUGUCGAGUUUUUGACACAGAAGUCUGCAGAGGCUCAACCAAGUCCUACGGAGCAGGUCUCUCCUACAACCACUACAUAUGAACCUGUGUUUGCGGAGUGUGACAGCACUGUCAACGGGGGCACGCCUCAAACUGAUGAUGACAAAGAACAAGGUAAGAAGUCCCUAGAUAAUCUAAAUUUAUUGAUUCAUUUCAAUAACAGGCAUUUGGCUUUAUCAAAGUGAACCAAAAUAACGAUCAAUAUCAACAUUUAACAGGUCAAAUAACACCAGAAAUGAGCAGUUUGGGAAAAUGCAAAGCCCUCUAUGACUUUAUGCCUGAACAAGAAGAUGAACUGACUUUAAAAGAAGGUAGGUGACAACCCAACUAGUGAUUAUCUGAACAGUUGUUUUAUCAUACAAUCCUAAAGACUCUUGUUUGUUUUACAGGAGAUCUUCUGGAUAUCUAUGGAAAGGAAGAGAAUGGUUGGUGGUUUGGACAACUAAACGGGAAAACAGGACAUUUCCCGUCAACCUAUGUGGAGGAGCUGCCUGUGCUGAGCGAAAUCAAAUCCUCUGAUGCCUGAUUGUUUACUCAAGAAGUGCAAAAAUAAACACAAAAUUCACCUGGGAUCAAAGAGACAAACUCCUGCAGCAAAAGAUUGAGUGGAAGUGACUGGAAAAUUGUGUUUGUACUGGUUAUUGAUCUGCACAUACUGCCAACAUACCAGGUCACAUCACUGUUUGCUCUUCGGUUAUUUUGUGAUACUGCUUCAAUUCAGACUUGAUGUCAAUUUUUAUACUCAAAUCCCUGUUUUCUCAUUAUUUAUUUCACACUUUGUACAAACAAACUCAAGGGA